AUGAAAUUUCAUAUAAAAAGGUGUUUCCCCCUAAAAUUUGAUUUUUCGAUUUUGGAAGGAGUAAAACAGAGGGUUUCGGAAUCUGGCAUUACAGAUAUUAAGUAUCAUACUAAUGGAUAUUUACUAGCUAUCACUACAGGUGAUAAUGGAUUAAUUAUUUAUAAAAUUUCAACAAAUGAAUUUUUAAACCAAACAAAACUUCCAUCACGAAUCAAUGAAACAGCAUGGAUCAAUGCAGUAGACUUCAAAACAAUCAGCGCAUGUCAAGAUGGCUCCAUAUAUAUUACAGAAGUUGUACAUCUAACAAAUGAAAUACAAUUUACACAUCCAUAUAGUUCUCCAGCAAUAUGCAUAGCAAGUUCAAACAGAGUACACUUCAUUGCCGGCUUUCAAGAUGGAUCUAUCACUAUAAGAAUGAAUUCAAGAACAAAAAUUCACACAAUCAAUCCAUGUUCAUACGCAAUUACCGCAAUUUCCAUCACACCUACAGAAAACAUCUUCGCUGCUGCAGGAGUUGACGGCGUUGUUCGUAUUUUUACUCUUUUCGAAGUUGAUGGCGUAAAUCCUUCAAAAUUCACAUGUUUGAACACGUGUUUCGUCAGUCCAUCUCCAAUUACAGAUUUAUUCUUCGUUUCUGCUACAAACGACUUAGUUGUUUCAAGUUUAGACAAUACAAUCAGAGUUUUUAAAUAUCCAUCAUUCGAAGGACGAAUAGUUUCAGAGUCAUUCAAAACCGGAGGCCUCCCAACCAAAAUUGACUUCUUUAGAGGCGCAGGAACAGCUUAUUCUUCUCAAUUCGUUUUACAUCAAGCGGAAGGAGGCGUUGUAAUGUUAUAUGAUAUAUUAGCUGCUAAUUCUGUAAGUAAUUUCGGUAUUUUCGAGAAAUCUGGAAUUGCAAUUUGUUGUCAUCCACAAAUUCCUCAAUUUGCAGCUGGUGGAGGUCCAAAUGAUGGUAACUUAAUCAUAGUAACAAUACAGCCGCAGUCAUUGACCGAAAGAAUAACUGCUGGAGCCAUAAUGUUACAAAGAAUUACCGGAUUACCUUCAAUUAAACAAAUUACACGGCCAUUACCAACACAAACCAAUACACAGAAGACAAUAGAGCUCAUGUAUCCUAUUUACAGUGAAGAUUUCCCAGAAGAAUAUAUUCCUCCAUCUAUUUCGGAACAAAUUGCCACAGCUACGAUUCCACGAGCUGUGCAAGUUACUCCUCAGCCCAUUCAUACAGAGCAGAGACCUCCAAAACCUACACAAAACGUUCAGCCACCAAAACCAAUUCAAUUACCACAUUUAUCAGCCGAAAACAUCGAAAACAUACAACUAUCACCACAACCAUUUGUUACUCCUGCUAUUUCUGUCACAACUUCAUCACAACAGCCGAAGAGGAGAGGAAGACCACCUAAAACAAACAAAGUUGCCAAAGUCAGUGCAAAUGUACAAACUAUUUCCACAAUUUCAACAAUUGCAGUUCAAAUCCCUCACAUCCACACUGAUUCACAGUUCCAACAGAUACAAGUUCCUGAUUCUCUCCAAGAAGUUUCUUCUGUAAAAGAAACACAAGAAGAAACUAACACAAUUAAACAACAAAUAACCAAUGAAAAUAAAGAAGAAACAAAUGAAGAAAAUAAUGAAAAAGAAGAGGAAAAUGAAGAAAAAGAUGAAGAAGAAAAUGAAUCAAAAGAAGAGGAAGAAACCAAAGAAGAAAACGAAGAAAGUAAUAAGGAUGAAAAUAAUAAAAAUGAAGAUAAUGAUGAAGGAAAAGGUGAAGAAGAAGAAACUAAAGAAGGAAACGAAGAAAAAGACGAUGAAGAGAAAGAAGCAGAAGAUGAUAAAAAUGAUGAAUCUAAAGAAGAAGGAAACGAAGAAACUAAUGAUAGUAAAGAUGAAUCUAAUGAUGAUGAAUCAGAAAAAGAAAGUAAAGAAGAUUCGGAUAGUUCUGAUAAAGAAAAAUCUGAUUCAUCAAGUAAUUCAAGUUCUUCUGAUUCUUCUGAAGAUGAUGAAAAGAAAUCAGAUUCAUCAAGUCAAGAAAAGAAAUCGAAUUCUUCUGAUAAUGAAGAAAAGAGUUCAGACUCUUCUGAUGAAAAGAAAUCUGAGUCAGAUGAUGAAGAUAAAAAAUCAGAUUCAUCAGAAGACAAAAAAUCAUCAGAUUCAUCAAGUGAAGAGAAGAAAUCAGACUCUUCAGAAGAUGAUGAAAAGAAAUCAGAUUCAGAUUCAAAGAGUUCGAGUAAUUCUUCAUCAAAUAGUCCUUCUAAUUCAAGCAAUUCUUCUAAAGAAAAUAGCUCUGAAUCAGAAGAUGAUGAAAAAGAGAAAGAAAGAGAGGAAAGCAAACCUAAGAGAGGAAGAGGACGUGGUGCUGCUCGUGGACGUGGAAGAGGUAGAAAAAAAUAA